AUGGAGGCGGCUGCUGGCAUUGUCGGGUUGCUUUCCUUCGCGGGCCAACUUCUCAAUGGGCUACUUAAGUUGAACGAGUACAUCCAGGACCAGAGAGAGUCCGAUAUUCGGACAGAGAAUGCGACAAGAGAGACGGAACUUAUGAUCUCGACGAUUACAGGGUUGAGGUCGAUUCUACAGAGCGUGAAAGACAGCAAUAGCAUCAGCGAUGGCACACCAUGGGCUUCGCAUGUUGUCACCCUUCACACUCAGCUCGAGCGAUGCGGCCAGGAUCUCGACGACUGGGUAGAUAAUCACAAGCCACCUUCGGGGCCUUCUUCGAAACGUCAGAAAGUAAGCGAGGUCUUGCAGAAUCGCCGCGUUCGCGCCGUUCGAGCCCUGGAGUCAAAGCUUGUGUCCCACAGGGCCCAGAUCAGUCUGAGCAUUGGCGCUCUGAACAUGUGGGUGUUCUUGUUUAUGCUUGACGUGAGGAUCUAG